CUGUAGGUACCUGAGGCACUUCUCAGCACCUUUCGCUAUCGGCUUUUAUUUUGAAAUUCCGCACCGAAAGUAUGGCCUUUUAUUCUCUUAACUCGACUUUGUGGAUCAACCCAAGAGCGCUCUGAGCCACAAUUACCUGUGUCAGUGUGCUGUAAGCUGGUGCCAAGAAAGGCGCACGUCUCAUCUUUUACAUAGCAUAUAUUAUUUAUUUUUUUCUUUUAAAUAAAACAAUACAUGGGAUGUGUUUUCUCCGUUUUCAGGACAUAAUUGCGUUUUAGGAGUGUGAUUACCAUGGACAAGCAGCACUUUACAGGGAAGGAUACAGAGGGAGAGCUUUUACGCAUCACACAUCUUGGAUCGUCGAUACAGAGCAGGGGAAUAUAGAAACUGUUAGACUGCGCUCUGCGUGUGGACUGUUUACAAUGAGGUACGGAUUGGUAGUUCUUGCUGCUGGCUUUACAGGUUUGCUCAGCUUCAGCCUCCUCGCUGUGGCUAUUGGGACUGAUUACUGGUACAUCAUCGAUGUGAAUAAACCCAACCACACAGGUCCAGACGACCUGAGUUCACAUUCUGGACUGUGGACGAUUAAUGAAGGAGCAAAUAUGAGCUCAGUCAUCCCUUCCUUCACAGCAAAUAUGUCCAGCCUGUCAGAAACAGAAAGGCACCUUCUUGGUUUGCACAAAGUGGUGGUCAUUAUGUUGCCCCUCAGCCUGGUCUUGCUGGUGCUGGGUUGGAUCUUUGGACUCGUCAGCUCGUUGGCCUGCAGUCCCAACUUGCUCGCUGGAUCAGCAUCUUACUUUCUCUUCUGCAGUCUGUUUACCCUCACUGGGGUCAGCGUCUACAUCAAAUACUCCAACCUGGCUAUGGAGGAGUUCCAGCGGAUCGUGCCCCCAGAGAACCUCGCCCAUGUGGACGUAUCCUUCGGCUGGUCCUUAGCCACAGCCUGGGUCUCCUACAGCUUGGAGGUGGCCACUGGCCUGUUGCUCCUUCUCGCUGCCAGAAUAACUCAGAUGAAGGGACGCUACGACUCUGGUGUCACCAUCGCCAUGUUAUAGAUUGAUGUGAAUGUAAAAGCCCACAGGAUUGUAUUUUAUUACUGUUGUCAUGUAUGCUUUUUAAGUAUAACAGAUGUUUAGAGAAUUGUAAUACUCUAAAGCAGGUCAAGGGCCAGGGGAACAAAAUGUAGAUACAAGCUGCAACCAUAGAAACAUAGAUGAUGAAUGUGUGACGCAGUUUUCCCUGGCUUAUUGUGAAGCCAGCUGCCUUUCAUUCCCUCGGUAUAAUUUUAUGUCUAUUGUCCCAGUUCACAAUUAUAUGAUGAACUUGGUCACACAAACAAUAGGCUUCUAAUUCAAAGUGUAAUUACUGUGGAGAUGAGAAGUUUAUUUUUAUAUAUGGUUUGAAGUGUUUUUUAGUAAGUUCAACAUUUUUUUCCAUAUUAAUAACAUUGCAUACAGUUCUUUAAAUGUUUGUGAGUCAAAUCUGAUUCAGCAGGAGGUUUUCUGUAAAAAGUGUUUUGAAAAAUACAAAGAGCAGCUUCAUCUACAACCCAUAUGCAAAUGUGUUGCCCUACAAUAUAAACGCAGCCAAAAGGAAAAGUGAAGCUGUAUGGCAUAAUUUCCUUUUUGGUGAGUGCUAUAUUAAUCAUCGAAAGAGGACUUCUGCACCUCCUCUACGCCUAAAUAUGGUUCAUAUCAGUGGAUCAGAGAAUUUCAUUCAAGUGAAAACAUUGCUGAUUCUGCAGCAGAUAACCACCAUGCGUUGGAACCACGUACCCCGACUGAGGACUGGUAGUCUAUAAUUUCUCUCAUUUCAUGAUAGAACAUCUGCUGCAUUGUUCAUCCACAUGCUGGAGAAAUUUGCAGCUUUUGAAAAGCUUUCAGCAUUUGGCAUUUAAUGUAAAAAAUAAUAAGAAAAAAAGAGCUGUUUGCAUGUGAAAUUUAUAGAAAAUGCUAGUUUGUGCCUCCUGCUUAUACCCUAGUGGGAAAUGCAUUUAUUAUGGAAACAGGGCUAAAAACAAGUGGUACAGAAUGUGUAUUAUGCCUUUUUUCCCCCCUUCUUUUUUCCUUUCAUACAAGAAAUGCAGCACAAAGUGCUUUCAAGUAGGGCAUUACAUAAGUGUUUCUUAUGAAAAUAGACAGAAUGAACAUAAAAAAUGGUACCUCUACUACAAUUAUAUUGUGUUUGCUGCAUGUUUUGCAGUAGUUAAUGGGUAGAUAUUGUGAUGUCCAGUAAGUGCUGUCCCUGCAUAGUUUAAGUAAAAAAGAGCAUUUAGCUCUUGCAUUGCAGUAAAAUGUAUUGUGUUGUUGUUCCCUUUCCCAUUCACAAACCUUGCUUAAAGCUUACAUAACUGUACAGCUUAACUUUUUAUUGUUGAAUGUGAGGAAGCAAUGAUCAGUCCGGCUGUAGAUUGGCAGCAUAAUGUAAGAAGGCAGCAUAGAAAUCGAUCAAAUGCUUUUAAAUGUCAGUGACACACUCUGUAAACAAAUUGUUCAAAAUAACCUGAAGAUUUUUGUGUUGUGAGAGAAUAAGAUCAUCUAAAACAUUGUGAUAUAUGCUCACUAAUGCACUCUACAUCUGUUUCACGUGUUCUAUAAAUUUCUGAAACAACAAUUCUUGCAGAAUACCUUGCCACAGUGCCUAAGGUUAAAUUGGGACCGCUUGCCUCUGAAUGUAAAUGAAGCACAUCAAGAGCCGAGCCAAACAGCAAAGCAAUUGGGAAAAGAAUUGCCAAAGACCACCUGAUGAGAAUUCAUAACUGUCUCACCAAUAUGUUUCAAUGCUGUUGUCUGUACAAAUUACAUUAAUUCAGAAUAAAUCUACAUGUUCAAACUGUUAGAGAUGUUGUGGCAACAUAAAAUCCAGUGCUUUACUACCUUUUAUGUGGUUAAUAUGCUGUAAAAGAUGGGUAUAUGACGA